UUGACUCCGUUGACUCAGUUCUCAGCACACACGUUAUUGGUUUAAUCAAUCCCCCAGCUUUAUCUACGUCUCCGUAUUUACCCUGAUUUCGUGAGGGGGUGGUCAACGCCAAAACGCCAGCGCUCAAGCUAUAUAGAAUUCAUAUCCUCGCCAUAUCCCCUGUUCUCGUUCAUCCUUUGGCAGAAAAUGGGCGCAUUUUCUACCUGCUUGCCCAUUCAGUUGAUCUUUAUUGCCUCCGGCUGAAUUACACCUCGGGAUGGAUUUAGAGUCCAAUUCGCAACCCCUUAAGCCGCCUCUGACGGAUCAGAAUGUGCAAGAUGCACAGGAUCUCGCUGCCCUGGGCCAUUCCCAGGCCCUGACCCGCAAGUUCGAUAUGUGGAGUAUGCUGGCGCUGGCAUUCUGUGUUCUCGGAACAUAUUCGACCUUCGCUCAGGAUCUCAGUAGCGGCCUCACCAAUGGCGGUGCUAUCACGAUUCUUUGGGGUCUGGUGCUGGUCACGGUUUGCAAUCUUUGCGUGGCGCUCUCGCUGGGCGAGUUGACUAGCAGCAUGCCCACUGCUCUCGGCCAGGCCUAUUGGGUGUAUCGACUUUGGAAUACACCACUCGGCCGCUUUGUUUCAUAUAUGUGCGCCUGGAUCAACACCUUUGGAUGGUGGACAUUGACUGCGUCGCAAGUCGCCUUUAUGACUGAAUUCCUGCUGGGCAUGAAGACCAUGUUUAAUCCGGAGUGGGAUGGAGCCGACAAGGGCUGGCUCAACUUCGUCGUAUACAUCGGCGUCGUCUUUGUGUUGACUCUCAUCAACGUGGUGAGUUGUCGCAAGGAGAAGAUUCUUCCUUGGCUUAACAACUUCGUCGGAGUAUGGUUCUUCGGCUUGUUUAUCGUUCUCUCUCUUGCUCUGCUCAUUUCGGUCGCUUGGAAGAAUGAGACUGGCUGGAGCGAUGGUGUGGUUUGGUUUACCGGUCUGGUGCAGGCUGCGUAUGGAUUGACCGCGUUCGAUUCGGUCAUUCAUAUGGUUGAAGAAAUUCCUGCACCACGGAAGAACGCACCCCGUGUCAUCUGGAUGGCUGUGCUCUUCGGCGCCGUGACUGGAUUCAUCUUCAUGGUGGUCUGUCUGUUCUGCAUCCAGGAUGUGGACAGUGUUGUUAACGCCGACCUACCAUUUAUUGAGCUGAUGCUCGAAACAGUCGGUCAGAAUGGCGCCGCCGUCUUCAUUUCCCUCUUCAUCUUCAAUGGACUGGGCCAGGGCAUUAGUGUUCUCACAACUGCCUCUCGUCUGUCUUGGGGCUUUUCCCGUGAUGGCGGCGUGCCCUUCAGCAAGUACUUCAGCCACGUCGACCCAGUGUGGCAAGUUCCUGCCCGGGCUCUCUGGGGUCAGGGAGUCAUCAUCGGUCUCGUCGGCAUUCUGUACCUCUUCGCCAACACAGUGCUGGAGGCCAUCCUGAGUGUCAGUACCAUCGCCCUGACAGUCUCCUAUGCCAUGCCCAUCCUGGCACUAUUGGUGACUGGUCGCGAGAAGCUACCGCCCGGCCCAUUCAAGCUCGGUCGCAUUGGCCCAUUGCUGAACUGGGUCAGUAUCAUCUACUGCAUCAUCACCACCAUCUUCUUCCUUUUCCCCGGUGCUCCGAACCCAGCACCCAGUGAUAUGAACUUCGCUAUUGCGGUCUUCGGAGUCAUGUUGAUUAUUGCGCUUGCUUUCUGGUUCAUCCAGGGUAGCCGGACUUACCUCCAGACGGAAGAUUCCAUCGCUUCUAUGGUCUACGCUCACCACUUGGAGCUCAAUGAGCCUGGAGUAGAGGAUCAGCCUGUCGUCCAGGCUCCAACCGUGGUUAAGGAGAAAUAA